CACAGUUACCAACAAGCUUCCGUGUGAAAGUUCACAGGGCAUGCAAAUGUCGUGUUGUGUUUUUAGCGAUUAUGGCUUCCUUGAGUUGGUUUACGUGCAGGCAGCUGCCGCGGAUUGCAUCUCAGUUCGCCCGGGUAGUGAAGCACGUCUUGCCACAGAACCUCGGGGGACUGCCGGUGAGGAGAGUCCACGGGUCCGCGCGGAGAUGGGUAGUUGAGAGAGGACCGUGGAAUAAAUCUCGGAUGCCAGAGACACAACAGUUUCACCGGUUGUCGGAACUCGACAAGGCGGAUGCCUUGAUGCUGAGAAAGUCCCAUGAAACAGGGUUCCUGUCUUGGUUCCGGAACGGACUCCUGGCUACGGGGAUCGGAGUCAUCGCGUUUGUCCAAAGCGAUGUGGGACGGGAGGCAGGAUACGCCUUCUUUAUUCUGGGCGGUGUGUGCGUGUCGUUUGGAGGAGCGUCAUACGUGGGCAGCCUCUUCGCCCUGAGGAAGAUGAUGCUUCUCUCCCUGCCUGCUGUGCUUCUGAACGUUGCUGUGGUGAGCAGUGUGGCCCUUCUCUGGCUGUGUGCCGUGUCGCUCUACAUUGGACGCCUGGAAGUGGAGAUCAUACAUGAGGAUGACGAGGACGAUGAUGGAGGGGACUGUCCGGACUGUCAGGACCGCCAUCACCGUGGCAACCACUCUCAUGGUGACAGGCAUAACGACAAAGGCCAAGACAAGUAGUGCGUGCGUGUGUGUGCGUGUGUGUGCGCGUGUGUGUGCAUGUGUGUGACGAAACAUAGAAAUGAAAGAGAUUGGCAAAGGUGUGUGUCUGUCUGUUUAACUGUAUAAGUUGAUGUCCUCACCAGUUCAUUUGGCCAUAGCAAAUCAUGAAAAGUUAGCACAUUUUGCCAGACAUUAAAAAAAAGAGUUAAAUUCAAAUUAAAAUAGGAUUUCUAAUGGUAGUGCAAAAAUAAGACUACCCAAGUGUAGUGAAAAUGUUAUUUUUUUUGGUGCUGCCCUUCAUUCUGUGAUAAUGUGUUGAAUUUGUGUAACAAAGUAAUGCAUUGAUAUGUUGCUUUACAAAUGAUGAGAUUGAUAUUCAGCUAUUUUCUCAGGAGUUACUUUUCUGCUUGUAAAAUGAUCAGUUGUUUUUUAUUUUUCCGUAAUUUUGCUUUUAAAUAACACACACUCUGAGAGGUUCUGGUAUGGAUUAAUUUACUGCAGACCAUUCUUACAUAAAGAAUCAAAGAGUACUGUACAGUUCUCUAAAACCAUACUCUGAGCCAACCCCCACUGUGUUCAGCUUGUGCCCAGGUUAUUGUGCACAGCACUAUUUGGGUGGAAGUGUCUGGGAAUGAGACAGUAGAUUCUUGAUGCAGUAACCUGUCUUAAUACAUGCUAGAGAUGGACAUGUAGCCUUUGUUGCUGUGUUGAAUGGAUGAGCCAGGUCUGUCACGUGUUGUGUAGAAAUGGGGAAUAAAACACAGGGUUUCGGUAUGUUGUCAAUUUUUCUGUUUCUGUUGGUCAAUUUUUUUUUCUAAUGUUUUUUUAUUUUUUCUGUCAGAUUGAACAGAAUUGGUUAUCCUAUCAAGUCUUGGGUUUUUUUCUCUUGUUAGGAUUUUGAGAUGCAUGUUUUUUUCCCCUAAGCCCAUGCAACUUUGCCAUGAUUGUGUAUCAUUAGUUAUUACUUUUUAAACAUGUCCAAAGAUUUUUGAUUCAAUAGUUUUGAUUUCAUAGUUUAUGUAAUUUUACAAAAGUCAACGGAGUCCAAAUACAACCCUAAGCCCCUCUUGUAGGUGGGGGGAGGGGGGUUCUGAAAAGAAACUAUAACAUUUGUACAACUUGUAUACUUGAUGUUUGUGUGAGGUGAUAAAUGUAACAUAUAGAUAUUGUUAGUCUCUAGCCUGAUAGACCAUCUUGACCUGAUCGCUGCGCUACAAAACAUGAUGGUCUGAUAUCAUGGGAAUGUGUAACACAGUAUAUGUAAAUCUAUGACCGCUGAAUUCAUAAGACCUGUUGUUAUGUUAAGGCACAUUACAAUGCACUAUUAAAAUGUAUAAUAUUACAAAUUUGCUAAACUUAUAUGUUAUGAAUGCUACUAAAACAAUUAAUAUCUUACAAAUGUAAAGACCUGUAUUAUAUGUUAGGAAUUAUAUUUAAAAUUGUGUGUUACAGUACUGGGGUUUGGGUUAAGGCUACAAUAUGCGUUACAGUACUGGGGUUUGCGUUAAGGCUACAGUAUGCAUUACAGUACUGGGCUUUGGGUUCAGGUUAUGCGUUACAGUACUGGGGUUUGGGCUAAGGUUAGAAAACAAAAACAAACAAAUCCACUCCCAUGGAUUCAAACUGCAACCAGGUCGGGAUGUUUAUUUUCAUCCACCCGCCUCAACCCAAUCACCCUUUUCAAUUAGCCAGUCUUUAAUUCUAAAUUCACUCAACACUGAUCCUAGUGGCUAGCCUGUACCCUAAUGCACAUAUUCGGCUGUCAAGAUAUAGUUACGCUAACUUUCGUAUUCCCCGAGACCAGUCAGAACAUGAUCUUCCGGGACCGGAUGGUGAAACGGUGCUAGCUAGCCGUUGGGUAAGAACCUGUGUGUAUAGAGUUGUAGUGGGAUGCAUUUGUUUUUGUAUGGUCUUCAGUACAACUUACUGUGCAGCAUUAAACUUCACGUUUGUAUGUAUGAAUAUGUACAUAAACACGGUUACCUGA